UAAAUAUUUUGUGCAAACUUAUGACCUUGAGAUAUGUUUAUGGUUUGGGGUGUGUUAGUUUCUUUUGUGUUUACGGCUAUUAGUAUUUUUCCUCUUGUUUCAGUUACAUGAGUGAGUAGCAGCAGGUGUGCCUGGUUAAUUGAGUGAGUGGUGGCAGGUGUGCCCAAUCAGAACUCAGUGCCUGGAGGAUAAAAAGGCUUGGUCUUCAGUCUGCAAGGAGGGAUAUCCGUGAGCAGACCACUUCCAACCAGUUAGCCCAGCAGAACAGAGACUUUCCAGCAACCAGUGGGUUGAAUGUGCCUUUGAGACUUUUGUGAGUCCAGAAUAGUGUCUGGCCUUUAAUCUCUUUGGAGAGAGGACAAUUCAUUGUUGCUCAUUUUACAUUUAACUUUGCUUCUUCAAUUAUUUAGUUUUGUUUAUUGUUUUAUUCUAUUGGCGGUCUUCUUUUACCACUAUUGUAAUAAAUACACUCUUGAGUGUUUGCACAUGAAUCUGACUUCCUGGUCUCUUUUUGCCCUGGUUUAUCUUUUUAAAUAUUGUUGCUCUUCCUCCCCCUGGACUUACCAUAGGGAGAAAUGUAACAACUUGGGGGCUCGUCCGGGAUAUAAAAGAGACAGGAGAUCAGAUUUAUUUGGGCCUAGUUGGUAUUGAGUGAUUGUAACAUUUUGUCAUUGUCCAGGGUUGUGAACACUUGUAUAACUUCCCUAGUUUAGGCUAGGGGUGUCCAGCUGAACUGAAAUAGUUCUUCCUUCGGACAUCAUUUUUUGUUUUGCCUUUUUUAUUUUCGGAGUAAUCCUGGGUUGGGAUUAAAAUCCCUGGCGGGGGUAGGCAUUUCGGGGUUUCGGCCACCGAGGUUGUUGCCUUUAAAGUCGCCUCGAGCCCGGCACGCUCCAGAAGAUAGACUAGGAAAAGAAGUGAUAGGCAGGAACUGGGGAAGUUGUGGUGUUGCACAAAGCGCUGGAUGGUGAGUACCACUGGGUGUGUGGAUGUUACAUCCGUAUCUGGAUUAGGUUAAUAGUAGUGUGGAUAAUAGUGGUGCUAGUGAGUGGCUAGCAUGGCUGUCUUUAAUAGGGAAGAGUUUGUAGCGAAUCCUAUGUUAGAUCAGCUUGACUUGUGUCGGAAAGUUGAUUUACAUUUUGUUGCUAAUCACUUUGGUAUAUCCGUCAGCAGUAAUUUAGUGAAAAAAGAAAUGAAGGAGGCUGUGGUAAGGGGGUUAAUGCAGAAGGGAGUUCUUAGCUUGGGUGCAGGUGAGAUCUCCUCAGAAGUCCAGGUAGAGGUAACAGAUAAGUUAGAGCAGACUAAGGUUGCCACGCCAACUUUUACUUUACCUCGUUUUGCACCGCAUUCUGUAGAGUCUUCUUCCUCGUCACGAGAUGAUGCUCGACUGAAAGUCCGAUUAGCUCGUUUACAGCUGGACAGGGAGGAGCGGGAGCGUGAGUUCCAGCUACGUAGAGAGUUAGAGUUGAAACGCUUGGAGGCAGAAACAGCUGUUAAAAUGCGUGGGCUUGAGUUACAAGCUAUGGCCCAGCCUGGUUCAGUUUCCCCUGAGAUUCGGUCGUCAUCCAACACUACUUUUGAUGUGAGUAAAAACAUAGCACUGGUGCCUACGUUUAGAGAAUCAGAAGUAGAAGGCUAUUUUAGCGCAUUUGAACGAAUCGCAGUAGCUCUUCAUUGGCCAAAGGAUGUUUGGGCCAUUUUGCUUCAGUGCAAGUUGACUGGCAAGGCUCAGGAGGCUUGUGCUGUACUAUCAGUGGAAGACAGUUUGUGCUUUGAUAAAGUUAAAAGCGCAGUUUUGCGGGUCUAUGAGCUGGUGCCUGAAGCCUACAGACAGCGGUUCAGGGGCCUUAGUAAAGCUGUUAGCCAGACAUACGCAGACUUUGCUAGGGAAAAGGUAACUUUGUUUGAUCGUUGGUGUGCGGCCUGUAAAGUUGAAGACUUUUCCUCCUUACGGGAGUUGAUGUUGUUGGAAGAGUUUAAAAACUGUGUGCCUGAGAGGAUUGUCGUUUACUUGAAUGAACAGAAAGUGGCUACCUUACUGCAAGCGGCUAUGUUAGCUGAUGAGUUUGCUUUAACGCACAAGGGUGUCUUCAGUAAAUCGAUUUCUUCCUCAGUCUCUUCCCCAAAUCUUAGUGCUAGCAAGAAGUCUAGUGACAGGCAUGUACCCAGAGAUAGUUUAACUAACUCUACCUCAAGGGCAAAAACGGAUAGACUGUGUUUUUUUUGUCAUAAAGCUGGUCAUCUCAUAGCAGAUUGUAUAACUAUGAAACAAAAGCAGCAAGGUUCAGUUAUCAAGCAGCCGAAGGGAGUGGGAUUAAUUAAAACUGUCACUUCUGGAAGUGAGCCUACUCCUUUACAAGAGCCAGAUGAAUGUUUUAAACCAUUCAUCCUUCCUGGUUCUGUAUCACUCACAGGUCAGGUUGAAGAUCAGCGGCAGGUCACUAUACUACGUGACACUGGUGGGUCGCGGUCUUUUAUUCUUUCUAGUGUCUUGCCUUUAGAUGCUAAGUCAGCCUGUGAUGUCAGUACAGUUGUCCGAGGUAUUGGUAUGUGUUAUGUGCCAGCCCCACUUCAUCGCAUUCAUGUCCAAUCUAAACUGGUUUCUGGUUGGUUCCCUGUAGCUGUAAGAUCCUGUUUUCCUGUUGAUGGAGUACAAUUCAUCAUGGGUAAUGACAUUGCGGGAGGUAAAGUGUAUCCUGACCCUGAAGUUGUGAAUGUACCCAUUUCUGAGAGUGAGCCAGACGAAUUGGUUCAAAAAUAUCCAGAACUCUGCUCAGUCAGUGUGUUGACUAGGGCCCAAGCUCGAAAAAAAAAUCAGGAGGUAACGUUGUCUGACUCUAUGUUUCCUUGUGUUUUUUCUGAGGACAGGAUGAUUGAUGAUGGAGAGUCGACAGAGGUCUAUGAAAUAGUUCCGGAAAUUCUUGCCACUCCUGAAGUACCACUGCCGUUAACACGUGAGGGACUCAUUGGUGCACAGAAAAGUGACCCUUCACUGGAAAAAUGUUUUGCUGCAGUGGUUGCUGACUUAAAUGAGUGUAGAAAAGGUCAGUUUUUUUUUGUAGAAAACGGAGUAUUGAUGCGAAAGUGGGCUCCGCAUGCCAGUGCAGCAACAGAUGAGACAGGUGAGGGUUUCGAUACAGUGUAUCAGAUAGUAGUUCCGGUUAGUUGGCGUAAGCAUGUGCUAGGAUUAGCUCAUGAACACCCGUGGUCUGGUCAUUUAGGUAUCACAAAAACCUAUGGACGUGUCCUUAAACACUUCUUCUGGCCUGGAAUAAAAUCUCAGGUAACUCAAUUCUGUAACACAUGUAGUGUAUGUCAGUUAGUGGGGAAACCCAAUCAAGUUGUGCAUCCAGCUCCACUGCGACCAAUUCCUGCAGUUGGUGAGCCAUUUGAGCAUGUUCUGGUGGACUGUGUGGGUCCACUGCCAAGAACAAAAGCUGGAAACCAAUUCUUACUGACUGUUAUGUGCAUGUCGACUCGUUUUCCAGAGGCAAUUCCUCUUAGGAAAAUAACAGCACCAGCUAUCACGAAAGCAUUAACUAAAUUCUUUACUACAUUUGGUUUACCCAAGAUUAUUCAAACUGAUCAGGGAACCAACUUCAUGUCUAGAGCCUUCAAACAAUCCCUGCAGUCUUUAGGAGUAUCACAUUCUGUAGCCAGUGCUUAUCAUCCAGAAUCACAGGGAGCAUUAGAGCGCUGGCACCAAACCUUGAAGUCGAUGCUAAAGAAAUACUGUUAUGAGACAGGGAAGGACUGGGACGAAGGGGUGCCGUUUGUAUUGUUUGCCAUACGGGAUGCUAAACAAGAGUCCCUGGGAUUUAGUCCUUCUGAGCUUGUGUUUGGUCACAAUGUGCGUGGGCCAUUGAAAGUGCUGAAGGAGCAGUUAGUGGCUGGCUCCUCCUCUAAGACUAAUGUAUUAGACUUUGUUUCACAGUGUAGGAAACGUUUGCAUCGCGCCACCUCUUUGGCCAAAGAAGCUCUCUCCUCUUCUCAGGUUCGUAUGAAACAGCAGUACGACCGUAACGCUGUUGAGCGUAAGUUCCAGCCUGGUGACAAGGUGUUGGUAUUACUGCCUGUGCUUGGUUCUUCUCUUUCCGCUCGUUUCUCAGGUCCAUAUGUGGUGGAGGAAAAAGUUUCAGAAACUGACUAUGUCAUUCACACCCCUGAGCGCAGGAGGAAAAAACGUUUGUGUCACAUUAAUAUGUUGAAGGCAUACCAUUCCAGGGAGAAUGAUCAAGGGGAGCAGAAAUGCAGCGUGGAAGCGACUGUUCCUGACACCAUUUCUAUGGUUAGCAGUGUGUCCAUGGGUACUGAAGGAGAUGAUGGGUUGACUGUAGUAUCCGAGGGGCAACAGUGUGGUAGGUUAUCUAAUACACAGUUUUUAGCUAACGUGGAGUCAAAGCUGUCCUACCUUACUGAAACUCAGCAGAAAGAUGUACUUACUUUGUUCAACUCAUUUCCUAUGCUUUUUAGUGAUGUACCCUCCCGUACAAAUGUGCUACAGCAUGAUGUUGAUGUUGGUUCUGCCACUCCAAUCAAGCAGCAUGCUUACAGGUGUCCUGUUGGGAAAAGGGAGUUGAUAAAGAAAGAGACUACUUACCUGUUAGAAAAUGGUUUAGCAAAACCUAGCAGUAGCUCAUGGAGUUCACCAUGUUUGCUGAUACCGAAGUCAGAUGGUAGCCCUCGAUUCUGUACAGAUUUCAGGAAGGUUAAUGCAGUCACGAUUCCAGAUUCAUUUCCAUUACCCCGUAUGGAAGAUUGCAUAGAUAGCAUUGGUUCUGCUGUUUUUAUUACCAAACUGGAUCUUCUUAAAGGAUAUUGGCAAGUCCCGUUGACUGAAAGGGCAUCUGACAUAUCAGCCUUUGUGACUCCAGAUCAUUUUCUCCAGUAUACAGUGAUGGCUUUUGGCAUGAGAAAUGCUCCGGCCACCUUCCAACGACUUAUGAAUAUAGUGUUGGGAGAUAUACCCCAGUGUAAUGUGUAUUUGGAUGAUGUAGUGAUCUAUUCAAAUGAUUGGGAAAGUCAUCUUUCUAGUCUGCAAAUUGUGUUUAAUCGGCUAGCUAAUGCAGCAUUAACCCUUAACCUAGACAAAUGUGACUUUGCUAGGGCUACUGUCACUUAUCUAGGAAAGCAGGUAGGGCAGGGGCAGGUUAGACCGGUGGAAGCCAAAGUGGCUGCAGUAUUGGCUUAUCCAGUCCCUACCACCAGACGAGAGUUACAGCGUUUCUUGGGUAUGACAGGAUACUACAGAUGUUUUUGUAAAAACUUCUCAGUGGUAGUGGCUCCCCUGACUAAGCUCUGUAGUCCAAAAAUACCGUUUGUAUGGUCUAAUGAAUGUGAUUAUGCCUUUGCUGCCGCUAAGUCCCUGUUGUGCAGUGCUCCUGUGUUGGCUGCCCCUAAUUUUACUCUUCCCUUCCAGCUAGAGGUGGACGCUAGUGGUACUGGAGCUGGAGCUGUUUUGUUACAGGUUGGAGAAGAUGGUGUGCAUCAUCCUGUUUCAUACUUCUCAACCAAGUUCAAACGCCAUCAACUAAAUUAUUCCACCAUUGAGAAAGAAACGCUGGCCAUGUUAUUAGCGUUACAGCACUUUGAGGUUUAUGUGUGUUCCAGCCCAUCUCCUGUGACCGUGUAUACUGAUCACAAUCCAUUAGUUUUUCUGAAUCAGAUGUACAAUCACAACCAGCGUCUGAUGCGUUGGGCUUUAAUGGUCCAGGGUUUUCAACUCAAUAUCCAACACAAAAAAGGGUCUGAAAACGUGGUUGCCGAUGCUCUGUCUCGUGGUUACAUGAGUGAGUAGCAGCAGGUGUGCCUGGUUAAUUGAGUGAGUGGUGGCAGGUGUGCCCAAUCAGAACUCAGUGCCUGGAGGAUAAAAAGGCUUGGUCUUCAGUCUGCAAGGAGGGAUAUCCGUGAGCAGACCACUUCCAACCAGUUAGCCCAGCAGAACAGAGACUUUCCAGCAACCAGUGGGUUGAAUGUGCCUUUGAGACUUUUGUGAGUCCAGAAUAGUGUCUGGCCUUUAAUCUCUUUGGAGAGAGGACAAUUCAUUGUUGCUCAUUUUACAUUUAACUUUGCUUCUUCAAUUAUUUAGUUUUGUUUAUUGUUUUAUUCUAUUGGCGGUCUUCUUUUACCACUAUUGUAAUAAAUACACUCUUGAGUGUUUGCACAUGAAUCUGACUUCCUGGUCUCUUUUUGCCCUGGUUUAUCUUUUUAAAUAUUGUUGCUCUUCCUCCCCCUGGACUUACCAUAGGGAGAAAUGUAACACUUACAUUUUGGAGAGAAAGUUUGAGAAAAAAAUUCCAGCAUUUCCAUCACUAUACUGAACAUUUUCUUAAAAGUUUCAUUUUAAAACCUUAAAGUCUAAAAGUCAUAAAGUCAUAAAGAUCAGAGCAGAUCAGGCAGACAGCCCAGUGAAAACAUCUGUCAAUGAUGAAUGAAUG